AUGGCAGCAUCAAGUAGUGACGCGGGGGUGUUCCGCUUCACAGACCUGCCACCCGAGAUCCGCAACCAAGUCUACGAGAUCCUGCUGUGCAGCUUCCCGCCACCUCAGUAUCCAGACAAUGACGACCGCCUCCCAAGCUCAGGCACAUGGCUGGAUAAGAGCCAGAUAUCAGCUUCCAUCCUCCGCGCGAACCGGCAGAUCCACGAUGAGGCUCGCGCCGUGGUCAUCAAAGGGAACCUGUUCGUCCAGGUUGAAUGUCACAUGAGCAUUGACCACUCACAAAUGAUCCGGGAGCUCAUGGCCAACCUCGGUCUGCCCAUCGUUGUCGGCGACGGAACCUGGACGGGCUCAUGGGACGACAACCUCAAGCUCGACAGAUACAAGCCCCUGCGGGCCAUGACUUAUGCCAUCAGCUCCACCAAGGCCAUUCCAGACACCUGGUCCGGCACGACCCUUCGCUUCCUGCUUCUCCACCGAGAACUUGACGAGUUCCUCAUUGAGCUUGCACUCGCCGACGAUGCCGGGCUCGUCGAUUUCGCAAACAAGAUGACCCACCAGGUGACCAUCCACACCCUUGACAGCACAGGUGCUGGCAAGACUGAUCGGGAAUUCCUUGGCACCAAAGCCGUGCUACAGCGUUUACUCGCUCCCUUCGCAAAGAACUAUGAAGGGGUGAAGAACUUCGUCAUCAAGGCUGACGGGCCGAAAGAGAGCUCCAAUGGCAAGCUUGAUGAGGAAGUCAUAGCUUCCACCUUAGCAGCGGUCAAGCACAGGCCCCAAAGGUCCAUGUCGGAGACACUCGCAGUAGUCCAUGAGCUCAAGGAUAAGGGAAAUGCGUUGUUCAAGGCCGGCAAGACACGGAUGGCUUCAAAGCACUGGACUCGCGCUUGCAGUCAGAUACUUCAGUCACGUUCGGCACCACAAUUUGCAAAGAAGUUCGUGUCCAAGCCAAAGGACAGUUCCGAGCGGAGACUUAUCCGGGAGUUGGCGGAGCUGUCGUUCCAGCUUCAUCUCAACCUGGCGCAACAUGGUCUCCAGGCUGUGCACUACGCUUAUGAAGAUGGAGACGGGUGGCGUCUUCAUGGCAUUUCGACUGCAGUAUUGGCUUAUCUGCAGAAAUCUGCUCUCGAGUGUUCGAUAUCCGAAACCGGGGUGGUCAUGCCUGCCAAGGACGUCGAUGAUGAUGGCGACCUCACCGGCGGGUGGCGCCCAACAAAUGCGCAGACAGCUAAACUCUGGUUCCGGUUUGCUCGCUGCCACCGCUAUUGCGAGGAGUGGGAAGACGCCUGCACGGCGAUCGGGUGA